GAGUCUUACAAAGAGACCAGUGGAAAUCACUUCAACUCCCCGCCUUUGCCACGUGGCAAUAGCUGUGCCCAAAGCAGUGGCUUCUUCGGUUGUCCCGGCGUCCAACGCAAAAGCAAGCAACGUCAAUAGAAAAUUUCCAGGUGCUGAACUUCCUAAUGGGCAAGUGCCAGGAAAUGAAUUGUGCUGCUGUAUUUGAUCAAAUUUAAUCAGUGAGAAAGUAAAGAUGGGCUCCGAUUCCAACUCCACGGCAUCAACAGGCACACCAACGGCAUCGCCGAAUGGGAAGCGAAGUAGAGAUCCCGAGGACGAGGUUUAUCUCGACAAUCUCCAUUCGCACAAGCGUUACCUAAGCGAGUUUUUUGUUGAUGGGUCACAAUGGUCUUCGCGAGACUUGAACCGGGUUUUCUUCAAAUGCUCAUCUAUAAUGGCAUCUAGCUUAAAUGGGUUAACUGUUGGAGAACCGCUUUCUGAAAAUCUUAUGGAAUCUCCAGCAAGGUCUGAAGGCAUGUUCUCUGCCAGGGAUGAAAUGUCCUUGCAAUAUUCACCAAUGUCAGAAGACUCAGAUGACUCUAGAUUUUGUGAGACCCCCAUAAAUACUUGCUCAUUCCAACCUGAGAGUUUGCCCACCAGUCCAGUUUCUCCCUACAGGUACCAAAGACCAUUUGGUGGGUUCUCUUCUGCUUCUUCUACCAGCUCGUAUUCAGUACAUGGCUGCCCUGCCACUAGCGUCAGCUGUUCACAACCUCGCCAACGAGGUUCAGAUUCUGAGGGUCGGUAUCCAUCCUCACCUAGUGAUAUCUGCCACUCAGCUGACUUGAGGAGGGCUGCACUCUUGCGAUCUGUGCAGAUGAGGACACAACCUCCUGGAUCAUCAUCUUUUGAUUUGCCUUUUGGUUCAGGGCAGGAGCCUAUACCUAGUAUAGAAGUAGAUGAGCGGCCAUGUCCAUAUAUGAAGUCCUUAGUUGAUGAGAGAGAUUAUCAUAUUGAAGAGUGUUCUUCAGUGCGUACCUCAGGACCUGAACUUAAUAAUGGAAAGUCAUGCAGAGCCUUGAAUAUGAGUAUAAAAGGGGAUGAAUUGGGAGAUUAAAACACUUAUGGAACUGGAUUAUCAAACUGACUUUGACUGCAUCUCGUAAGAUCGUGGUAGCCUGCAGCUAACAGCUCUUGUUUGUUCAUUUAAUUCACUCAUUUUUAUAAUGGCAUCUAGCUUAAAUGGGUUAACUGUUGGAGAACCGCAUUCUGAAAAUCUUAUGGAAUCUCCAGCUAGGUCUGAAGGCAUGUUCUCUGCCAG